AGUCUUAGAACCUUAGAAUCUCAGAAUCUUAGAAUCUCAGAGUCUCAGAAUCUCAGAAUCUCAGAAUCUCAGAAUCUCAGAAUCUCAGAAUCUCAGAAUCUCAGAAUCUCAGAGUCUCAGAGUCUCAGAAUCUCAGAGUCUCAGAGUCUCAGAAUCUCAGAGUCUCAGAGUCUCAGAAUCUCAGAGUCUCAGAGUCUCAGAAUCUCAGAAUCUCAGAAUCUCAGAAUCUCAGAAUCUCAGAAUCUCAGAAACGUCAGAGUCUCAGAAUCUCAGUAUCUCAGAAUCUCAGAAGCUCAGAAUCUCAAUUUUAGAAUCUGCAGAAUCUCAGAAUCUCAGAAUCUCAGAAUCUCAGAAUCUCAGAAUCUCAGAAUCUCAGAAUCUCAGAGUCUCAGAGACUCAGAAUCUCAGAAUCUCAGAGUCUUAGAGUCUCAGAAUCUGAAUCCCAGAACCUCAGAAUUGUACGAUCUCAGAAGCGCAGCUUUUUUAAAUUUUAGAAUCUCAGAGUCUCAGAAUCUCAGAAUCUCAGAAUCUCAGAAUCUCAAAAUCUCAGAAUCUCAGAAACUCAGAAUCUCAGAAUCUCAGAAUCUCAGAAUCUCAGAAUCUCAGAAUCUCAGAAUCUCGAAAUCUCAGAAUCUCAGAAUCUCGGAAUCUCAGAAUCUCAAAAUCUCAGAAUCUCAGAAUCUCGAAUCUCAGAAUUUCAAAAUCUCAGAAUUUCAGAAUCUCAGAAUCUCAGAAACUCAGAAUCUCAGAAUCUCAAAAUCUCAGAAUCUCAGAAACUCAGAAUCUCAGAAUCUCAGAAUCUCAGAAUCUCAGAAUCUCAGAAUCUCAGAAUCUCAGAAUCUCAGAAUCUCAGAAUCUCAGAAUCUCAGAAUCUCAGAAUCUCAGAAUCUCAGAAUCUCAGAAUCUCAGAAUCUCAGAAUCUCAGAAUCUCAGAAUCUCAGAAUCUCAGAAUCUCAGAAUCUCAGAAUCUCAGAAUCUCAGAAUCUCAGAAUCUCGAAAUCUCAGAAUCUCAGAAUCUCAAAAUCUCAGAAUCUCAGAAUCUCAGAAUCUCGGAAUCUCAGAAUCUCAGAAUCUCAGAAUCUCGGAAUCUCAGAAUCUCAAAAUCUCAAAAUCUCAGAAUCUCAGAAUCUCGGAAUCUCAGAAUUUCAAAAUCUCAGAAUUUCAAAAUCUCAGAAUUUCAGAAUCUCAGAAUCUCAGAAUCUCAAAAUCUCAGAAUCUCAGAAACUCAGAAUCUCAGAAUCUCAGAAUCUCAGAAUCUCAGAAUCUCAGAAUCUCAGAAUCUCGAAAUCUCAGAAUCUCAGAAUCUCGGAAUCUCAGAAUCUCAAAAUCUCAGAAUCUCAGAAUCUCGGAAUCUCAGAAUUUCAAAAUCUCAGAAUUUCAGAAUCUCACAAUCUCAGAAACUCAGAAUCUCAGAAUCUCAAAAUCUCAGAAUCUCAGAAACUCAGAAUCUCAGAAUCUCAGAAUCUCAGAAUCUCAGAAUCUCAGAAUCUCGAAAUCUCAGAAUCUCAGAAUCUCAAAAUCUCAGAAUCUCAGAAUCUCAGAAUCUCGGAAUCUCAGAAUCUCAGAAUCUCAGAAUCUCGGAAUCUCAGAAUCUCAAAAUCUCAAAAUCUCAGAAUCUCAGAAUCUCGGAAUCUCAGAAUUUCAAAAUCUCAGAAUUUCAGAAUCUCAGAAUCUCAGAAACUCAGAAUCUCAGAAUCUCAAAAUCUCAGAAUCUCAGAAUCUCAGAAACUCAGAAUCUCAGAAUCUCAGAAUCUCAGAAUCUCAGAAUCUCAGAAUCUCAGAAUCUCAGAAUCUCGAAAUCUCAGAAUCUCAGAAUCUCAAAAUCUCAGAAUCUCAGAAACUCAGAAUCUCAGAAUCUCAGAAUCUCAGAAUCUCAGAAUCUCAGAAUCUCGAAAUCUCAGAAUCUCAGAAUCUCGGAAUCUCAGAAUCUCAAAAUCUCAGAAUCUCAGAAUCUCAGAAUCUCAGAAUCUCAGAAUCUCGAAAUCUCAGAAUCUCAGAAUCUCGGAAUCUCAGAAUCUCAAAAUCUCAGAAUUUCAGAAUCUCGGAAUCUCAGAAUUUCAGAACAUUAGAAUUUUAGAAUUUUAG